AUGCCGUCUGCUGAUGAGAAUGGAGUUCAUUGCGAUGAGAAUAGCAUUCAGAAGUCUAAAUCAGAUACAGAGAUAAAUUCUCACUCUUCCAUUCACAAAUCUUCAAGUCAACAUCAUCGCCUCUUCAUCGAAGAUAUCUCUUCUUGUGAAGCAUCCGCCGGUGAUCGUGUAUGGGCAACGUGUUCUGGUGCUGGAGACCAUUCCCAACCUAUCACUAUUCAUUUCCUAGGAGAAAAUUAUGAAGAAAGUGCAGUUGAUAUUCUAAGGAAACAUUCUCUAAUAAUGUUCACUGUUCCCUCCCUAAAAGUCGAAGCUGGUUCGGAACUGGAACUCCGAUUCUCAACAUCUGAUGACAAUGUGACAACGAUUCCCUUUAAAUACUUGCCUCGAAUUCCACGUUCAAACACUCAAGAUAUCUCACUCUUCGAUAAUUUGCUGGAAUUCGCAACAAGUGGUGAUACAAUCUCUCUUCUCCAACCAUUUGUAUCACAAAUUUCAAAGCAAGACAUCGAAGGGAAUACUGUGUUCCACGUGGCAGCUAAAAACGGACAAAGUUUCUCGCUGAAGUUGUUGCUCUCUGUACUUCCGGCUAGUUUGAAAGAUGAAGUGAUAAACGUUCAAAACAAUCAUGGUUUGACUUCUUUGCAUUGUGCAAUUCGAGCUGGAGACCCUGAUGCCGUGCACUAUCUGAUGAAUCACGGAGCCAAGAUUAAUAUUUCAGAUCAUUAUGGAAAUACGGCUCUUCACUAUCUUGGCGACGCAUAUAAUGAAUCAAUUUUCAAAGAAGUUCUCGAGCCGUCCAGAGGGCAACGGUUCGAUGUAAACCAAUUGAAUUCAGAAGGCUUUGCGCCGAUCCACGUGGCAGUUCGAAGACUGAAGCUGUCUCUGAUAGAAAUGCUCCUGGAAGCGGGCGCUCUAAUAGACUUUUUGGACACAGAGAAGAAACGGAAUGCAUUGAUGCACGCUAUUGAGAUGAACGAUUUCGAGACGAUUCAGUUGUUAGUUGAGCGAGGCUCGGAGACAAACAUCGAAGAUGAUUCGGGAGAAACUGCGCUAAGUUUAGCAGUGAAAAAUGUUAACUAUCCAGUGAUUGGCUUGCUUUUGGACAAUGGAGCUGAUCCGAACAGACAAAACUCCAAAGGAAUCUGCUUGGCUGACAGCGAGGACAGUGUGAUUCAAAACAUUAUCAAUGGAGAUAGACCAGAAUUACCGAAAAAGGAAACUUUUGGCAUACCGAAUGAUCUGGCGAUUUCAAGAUCACCACUGUUCGGACGAUCUCAUCCUGAUCAAGCACCCACUGAAGAUAGCGGACGGAAUCGAGUAGUCAAGAGAUCGAGAGAGGAAAUUCUCAGUGAUGCCCAAACUCUGCUAGAAGAGACCGAUGCAAUGACUUCACGUGUCGCCAGAAUUUCAGUGUCGGAAUCUGAAGACGAACAACCUGGCCCUUCAACAUCAUCCGGAGUAUCUCGACGACGUCGUACUGAAUGGGAUAGAAACCCAAAACUCAGCGAUUCUGUAUGCAAUUUGGACUAUUUAACACGUAUCCGUGUAUCGAAGAUUUUUGAUAAUCAAUGCAAAUGGCAGCAGUUGGCGCAGCAACUCGACUGUGAUCAUAUGAUCGAGCUCAUUUCGAUUUGUUCGGCUGGCGACGACUCCAGCCCAACGAUGAUUCUCUUGGACCAGUUUGAACAGCUUCAGGACUCAUCGAUUUCCAGACUGCGAGACGGCAUGAACAGGAUGAACGAAGAAGAUGCCGUUAAAUUAAUCGAUUCGCGUUAUGUUUAUUAA